AUACCAUCAAGAACAACAACGACAACAAAAGCAAAAACAAAAAAACAAACACUUGCUUUCUUUUUUUUCGAUUACUAGUUAUUGUGUGAUGGAGACGAGUCGGCAAUACGAGCGUGUGUUCGAUCAUUUCGACAGCAAUGGGGAUGGAAAGAUAUCAGCGUCGGAGCUGAAGCAUUGCGUGGGAGCAAUUGGCGGGGAGAUUUCGGAGGAAGAGGCGGAGGCGGUGGUGGUUUUGAUGGACUCCGACGGAGACGGGCUGCUGGGAAUGGAGGAUUUUAAAAAGUUAGUGGAAGGAGCGGAGGAGGAAGAGAAGGUGAAAGAUUUGAAAGAAGCUUUCAGGAUGUAUGAAAUGGAUGGGAAGGGAUGUAUAACUCCACAGAGCUUGAAGAAUAUGCUUCGUAGGUUAGGAGAGUCUAAGAGCAUUGAAGACUGUAAGCUCAUGAUAUCUCAGUUUGAUAUUGAUGGUGAUGGAGUCCUUAGUUUUGAUGAAUUCAGGACUAUGAUGUCAUAGAUCGCAUUGCCCUUUUCUGUACAUUGUCAUUAUUUGAUUCUUCCAUUCUUUGAGGUUACUGUACUUUAGUGUUGAUUCUUGGCUUUUUGGCCGCUGUAAUAAGUCAUAGUUGUGGCUAUUUGUUUCAAAAUACGUGUUCUUUUGCAUCAUAUAUUAGUGUAUUUUUGUUCUCUCAA